UAGGCGGCAGGUACUUAAUACGUUGCGAUGGCUAGAGCAAGAACGGCGUUCGCAUCCUUCAACCUUGAACGUCACAUUCGAUAUGGUCCCAAUGUCUAAGCUUGUUCGCUCUGCCUCUUUAAUCAACGUAGCAACCGGGCUGGCGGCCAUAUGGGCGUUACGUAUGGCAAUCCGAGCAAUUCGGAAGAAAUCGAGAACGACAAAACUAAGGGGACCAAAGAGCACUAGUCUGUUGUUUGGAGUAGGUAAAGAGUUGUUCGAAUCGCCUGAUUCAGGAGCCAUGUUCGAGGCAUGGUCCAAGGAGUACGGUGUGGUGUAUGAAAUUCCAAUGAUGUGCGGACAAAAGAGGAUCAUACUCUGCGACCCGAAAGCAGCGGCACACCUCUUGGCUAGAGAUACAUGGUUGUACGUGGGCAUUCCGGGUAUCAAAGCGGCCAUUGCACGGAGGGUAGGAAAGGGGUUGUUUUGGGCUGAAGGCGAGUCACACAGAAGGCAAAGGAGAUCCAUCGCACCUUCAUUCACUUCUACCGCCAUUCGAAAGUUAAGCCCCACCAUCCAUAAAAUCGCGGAUAGGCUGAAAGUAGCUUGGGAAGCACGCAUCGAUGAGAACGGAGGCGGGAGUGUUGUCCUUGAUGUUGAGAAAUGGAUGAACUACGUCUCUCUCGAUUCUGUUGGGAUUGCAAGUUUCUCCUACGACUUCGGCUCCCUUAAUGAAAAACCAAAUAGCAUGAUUUCGGUCCUCGACGCUUUCGGAGCGCCCUCACCCCACCACCUUUUGGAUGAUGUUGUUUUCCUGCUUUCCAUCAUUUUUCCUAUGGCAAUGAAUGUGCCAACCUGGCGGAACAAGAUGUUUGACGAGCUUCGCGAGCGAAUGACGGAGAUCUGUGACAUGUUGGUCGAUAACGCCACAAAGGAGAAGGAAGGCGCUUCAAGUGAACAAGCCUCUACAAUCGGUUUGCUGCUGAAGGCAGAAGAUGAAGAUUCUGGCCAACGUAUCUCUCGAGAGGAGGUCUUGGCGCAGAUGCGUGUAUUGUUUAUGGCGUCAUACGAGGCCACAGCAAUCACUAUGACCUGGGCGUUGGUCGAACUCGCACGGCACCCAGAUAUUCAAAUUAAACUUCGCGAAGAACUUUUGUCUUUCGGUGGAGACCCCUCAUACGACGAGAUUACUACUGGCCUCCCUUACCUCGAUGCUGUGGUGCAGGAGACUCUGCGCUUUCGUCCAGCCGCCCCGGACUUGAUACGUCAAGCAGAUGAGGACAGUGUCAUUCCUCUGUCAGAGCCUGUGCGGACACAGUCUGGUGAAGUGGUUGAUAGCAUAGUUGUCGAACGCGGGACAGUGUUUGGUGUAUCUAUUCCCUGCAUGAACCGCUCCGAAGCGGUCUGGGGUUCGGACGCUAAAGUGUUUAGACCUGAACGAUGGUUAAAAAAUGAUGGCGUAACGAAGAAAGCUCGGGAGGUGAAGGGAUACCGACAUUUGCUCACAUUUGGUGAUGGUCCGAGGAUUUGUCUUGGAAAAUUGUUUGCUAUUGCUGAGAUCAAGACAGUACUUUCGGUGGUGGUCAAGAACUUUGUGCUCGAGAUGAGGGACGGACCAGAUACGAAAAUUGAGAUAACUAGGGGGAUUACACUGAGGCCCAAAGUUGCAGGAGAAGCUGGUAUCAAGGUACCAUUAAGGAUUAGGCAAUACAAAGGCUGAAGAUGUGGCUUUACUCAACCCUAGCAUGCGCUUGAUUCAGUCCUGUUACAGAGGGUCCCUGUUUGAUAGCCGUCUUGGCUGGUAGUAGG